CACGCACCCACGCACCCACGCACCCACGCACCCACGCACCCACGCACCCACGCACCCACGCACCAUGGACUUACAUAAAGUCGGCAUGCGCCGCACGAGGCUGUCCUCGCACAGGAAGGAUUCAACGGUGCUGACCUCCUCUGCCUCUGCCUCCUUCCUUUCCCCGGCCUCGAGAUAGCAUUGGCUGCACUUGUUGUCUUCGAAACAUGCAUCUCCAAAAGCCACUGGCGAUCUCAGUCGCCGCCCUGCUCUCCGUCCAGAGUGCUGCCGGCGCUGUGGUCCGGACUGACAGGGCCAGGAGGAACGAGUCCGCCCCCGUCAAGUACUCGCUGCCACGGGACUCGAGCGACCCUUCAGCACGAGCAUCAUCGCUUGAUGCCACACGGUCCGCAGUGCAGUAUGGGCCUCCCGUAGCUGGCGGGCCCUUUUAUCCCGCCGGGUCGACAGGGUCUGUCUUGGGCGCGGCAGACCUGGCAUCCCUCCAGGCCGACCUUGCAGCUCAGGAACAGCUCGUGCAGAUUGACGUGGCGCACGCCAAUGCGUCAGCAGCAGCCGGCAAGUUCAACGGCUUGCAGACUGUGGAGGACUAUGAGCGGUUGUACGAUGGCGAGUGGACCCACGCACUGCCAAAGGGCCCUAUCCCGGGCAUUCUCACCAACUACACCCAAGACCUGUUGUUCUCGAUGGAGCGGUUGUCGACGAGCCCGUACGCCAUCAGGAGGCUCACCCCUGGGACCGACUGGAUCCCCUUCUGGGUCGACGACUCGGUCACUCUCAAACUCGCGGGCUGCCCCCUGUGGGUUCUGUUCUUGGAAGGCCGUCUCUUCUAUGCGGAUCACUCGGACCAGGCGAACCUCCCCAGGACCGACAGGUACGCGGCGGCGAGCGAUGCCUUGUUCUUCAUCGACAAGGCCUCGGGCGACUUCCUCCCCUUGGCCAUCCGGACUGGCGUCGGCCAGAGCACCAUUUAUACGCCCCAAGACGACCCCGCCGACUGGCUGCUGGCAAAGAUCAUAUACAAUGCGAAUGACUUCUGGUUUGCCCAGUGGCACCACCUUGCUGCCACCCACCAGGUGCUGCAGAUCACCUGGCUGUCGGCCAUCAGGUCGCUGAGCGUGGAGCAUCCCGUCUACGCUCUUCUCAGUCGCCUCACGUUCCAGGCCUUUGCCGUGCAGCCGCUCGCUUCUGCCAUCCUGUUCGAACCUGGCGGUGCGGUGGACCGGGUCUUCGGCUUCACCGGGCAGGCGGCGCAGGAUUAUGCCUCGAAUCUCUACUACACCGGCAGCGGUGACUUCCAGGCCAACUACUUUAUGACCAACCUGAAGAAGAGGGGCCUGGUCAACUGCAAGUUCGGGCCUCCACUGGCCAAGUUCCCAUUCCUCGACGACGCCACCGUGAUAUACGACGCGACCAGGAAGUUCAUGACCUCGUUCGUGGACUCGUACUACGCCUCCGACGCGGACGUCAAGGCCGACACCGAGCUCCAGGCGUGGGCGAAGGAGGCCAACGGCCCGGCCGAGGCCAAGGACUUCCCGUCCACCAUCGCGACCAAGAAGACCAUCAUCGACGUCCUCACGCACGUGGCGCACCUCGGCUCGACGGCGCACCACGCCGUCAACACCAACGAGCUGUUGUCCGCGUCGUCGACGCUGCCCUUCCACCCGCCGGCCAUCUACGCGCCGAUCCCGGACACCAAGGGCGACAAGGACCUCAACGUGGUGGACUGGCUCCCGCCGUUCGGGCAGGUGCUCGUGCAGCUCAACUUCGCGGGGCUCUUCGCGCGGCCGCUGCUGGAGUACUCGAACCGCAGCCUGACGCACAUGUUUGACGACCCGGAGAUGCUGGCGAGGAUGAACCCGGCCACGGCGGACGCGGCCGCCGUGUUCAAGAGCACCAUGGAGGCGUUCAGCGAUGUCGUGGCCGCGCGGGGGUUCGACUCGCAGGGGCUCAGCCAGGGCAUGCCUUUUGUGUGGCAGGCGCUCGACCCGCGGGUUGCGCCGUACUCGGUUACAAUCUGAGAUGUGACCCAGCUGGGGCAUACAUAUAACAUCUAGAUUAAUGCUGGGGAGAUAUCUUUUUAAUGCUAUCUAAUGUAAUGUUGAGACUGGGUUUCAUCCUGCCCUUUUAUAAUUCACAUCUCCACAACGCGACGUCUGAAGAAGGGCUAGGGCGUUUCUGCAGCCAUGUGCCAUGUGCCAUGUGGGCUCUAGAUCGAUCUGACAGGCAGGGGUGGGUGUAAUAUCCGGUGAUGGCCAAAAGUGGGCAUUCCACCGGCAAUUGCACCCAGGCAAACACCAGCAGACCAGGAAAAGCAGAAUCACCCGGGCAGGUUGAAGGUCUAAGAGACCCUUACUGCUGUCAAAAGCAACGCAACGCGCUACGAGGAGGUAUUUCUUUAUUACAAUGCUUAAAGCUUAAAC